ACAAAAUAUUACCCAAGCCUAUAGUAGAGAGAGAAACUCCAUUUUUAGUGAGAGAGAGGGAGAGCAACUCCCAUCGUUUCUGCAAUUGAUGGAACAAAAGCGCAUUAGAAGUCCGCCAUUUUUUUGAAGCUCUUCUUCUCAAUAGCCUUUGGUCCAAAGGUUACAGGUUAUGUCUGCAACAAUUUCGUGAAUCCAGAAAGUCUCUUUUGACAUGGCAAAGCAUUUAGGAGGGGGAGACCCCUCAAAUGGUUCCAUAUAUGUAUGUAACUUGCCUCCUGGAACUGAUGAGGUUAUGCUUGCUGAAUUCUUUGGCACCAUAGGGCUAAUAAAGAAGGACAAGCGUACUGGUCGCCCCAAGAUCUGGUUAUACAGAGACAAAGUAACAAAUGAGCCAAAAGGUGAUGCAACUGUAACAUACGAGGAUCCACAUGCUGCUUUAGCUGCUGUAGAAUGGUUCAACAAUAAGGACUUUCAUGGAAGUACCAUUGGUGUGUUUAUUGCUGAAUCCAAGAGUAAAGAUUCAGUUGAUAAUCAGUAUAACUCAGGUAUCAGCCAUCAAUCAGACCAUGCCGCGGAUCAAAGUGUAGCUGGUGACUUAGGUGAUCAAGAAGAAGAUGGUGGAGAAUUGAAUGAUGGUGGAGGAAGAGGUAGAGGGCGAGGUGAUGCUUCGGGGAAAGCAUGGCAACAAGAGGGAGACUGGUUGUGUCCGAAUUCAAGCAGUUGUACCAAUGUGAACUUUGCAUUUCGUGGGGUGUGCAAUCGUUGUGGAACCGCACGCCCUGCUGGUGGCUCUGGAACAGGAGGAGGUGGUGGUGGUCGUGGAAGAGGGCGAGGUGCAAGUGAUGGGGGAGGUAGAGGUCGAACAGUUGGGGGUCCUACUGGGCUUUUUGGUCCCAACGACUGGCCCUGUCCAAUGUGUGGCAACAUUAACUGGGCAAAGCGCACUAAGUGCAACAUCUGCAACACUAACAAACCUGGCCACAAUGAAGGUGGAGUAAGGGGAGGUCGGGCAGGGGGUUAUAAGGAAUUAGAUGAAGAAGAAAUCGAGGAGACCCGACGUAGACGUAGGGAGGCUGAAGAGGAUGACGGGGAAAUGUAUGAUGAAUUUGGCAAUCUUAAGAAGAAGUUUCGUGCAAAGGCUCAAAACGAGAUUAGCCAAACUCUCCCUGGUUCGGGUAGGGCAGGAUGGGAAGUCGAAGAACUAGAGAGAGACUCUAGAGAGAGAAGCCGAGACAGAGGAAGAGAGAAUCACGACAAGGAGAGCAGCAAAAUCCGUGAUCGUGAUGGACGUAAUGGACACCGAGAUCGUGACCGAGACCGUGAUCGUGACCGAGAUUGGGACUAUGAUAGAAGCCGAAGUCGCGACAAAGAGCGGGAUAGAGGAAAAGAUAGAGAAAGAGACCGAGAUUAUGAUCGAGACAGAGACAGAGAACACGGAAGAGAGUGGGAUAGGUACAGAGACCGAUAAAUACAUGGAGUUCUGAGUAAUCGCCACCCCUGUUCUGAUGCAUUUCAUUUUGCAAAGGAUUUGAUGUGUUCUUUUAUUUCUAUAAUGAUGACUUUGAAAUCGGUCCUCCCUCUUCAGUUCGAGUGACUCAAUGGACUAAUUUUGAUUCAAAUGACUAAAUCAUAGUGAGAAUCAGGUUUCUUUGGUGAUUUGUUGUCUAGGAAUAUUUGUCUAGUGAAAUGGAGAUUUUUGUGCUGUUAAGUUUUUACAUUGUAGUGAGGUGAUGAAUUGAUUUACUGAUGAAUGAUCUCCGAUUCUAUUUUU